AAUGAUUGUUUUGGUUCUGAAGAUAGUUUCACCAAGCACAUCUUCGAGGGCCGCUACUGUGCAUCGGCGAUUUGCUGAGUGAUGUCGGAGAAGACGAUUCUGGGGACCACCACAACCACAUCAAGGUCGACUUCCCGCUCUCUCCUUCAUCACCAUCUUCAUCAUCAUCAUCAUCAAAGAAACUUCCUGAUCUGGUCCCACCACCACAGCCUAGUUCAUCAAGCUAUGGAGCUUCUGACUGGGAUUAGUUGUUCAAGGGGGUUGAAUUCUUCCUUUGUGCCGAUGCCGAUGCCGAUGUCGGAUCAGAACACAAUUUUCUCAUCUGCGUUUUCUCUGCAGGAAUUCAAACCUACCCUUAAUUUCUCUCUAGAUGGGCUUGGGAUGCAAGAGACUAGUGGUGGGAGGCUUCUAUUUCCAUUUGAAGAUCUGAAACAAGUCUCUAGCACAUCAGAUAUUGAGCAAGGUAAAGAACAAGGAGGAGAUUCAACGGGGUAUUGGAAUGGAGUGGAAGCCAUUCACAGAGUCGGUGGAAGACGGCUCCAUCAUGAGAGAGAAAAGAAAAGAAAAGAAAAGAAAAGAAACAGAGGAGAGGCAGAAAAGAAAGGGAGUGGUGAGGCUAUGGAAAAGUCUCAAACCCCUCAGAAGACCAUCACCACUCACCCAUGUUCUGGCCAGCUGGCUAGUGCAGGUAUGGCUGUGGUCCAUCACGUGGUGCGGGAUUUUCUGAGAAUUUUGUCGGCUUGGUUUGUUGUAAUGGUGGGCAGGCUGUCAUCUAAGGUCAAACUAUGUGAGUUUUAUAUAUAUAUAUUAUACAUAAGCAUGUCAUGUGUGGAGACAAUGGCAUGGUAUUUCAAAUCCUUCUUUUAUUUUUUAUAUCAACCCACUCACAGUUUCACUGUUUUUUUUAAAUUAUUAUUUUAUUUUUUUAUCUUCUCUUUUUGCACAUUACACCAUCGCCCCCAACAUCCUCCAUUCAAAAAUAUUCUCUCUUUUCUUUAUCUAUUUUUUUAUUCUUAUUAUUAUUAUUAAACACAA